GCCGCUGGUAGCUGACUGGGGAAAGACGGCAAAGCAGCGACCGACCGGCGGGGGAGACUGGCAGUGCAAAGGGAAGGACGGGGGGGAAUUUAGGCUGUGUCCCGUAUUUGGAAUAAGCGAGGCUAGAGCUUUCCCCCUGACGUGAAACGAGCUUUUCUGUAACCUUCAUAAGAGAAAAAGGGAGCCGCAUUUUUUCUCCUUUGACGGCUAACUUACAGGGCUGCUGGUUGGAACUCUUGGCGAACCAUCGCUUUUGAACUGUGAAGAAACUAAAGAGACGUUGACGAAGAAUGGGAUUUAAAGAACAUAUCUUCCAGCAGUGAGUUGUGAAAACGGGGAUAUUUUGCAGUUGGAUAAAAUAAAUAAAUAUAUAUAUAUAUAUAUACAUUGUCAGAGACCGACUUCAUUUAGUUGAGUCGUGUUAACGCUGCGUGUUACAUGUCAACUCCCGGGAAAAGGGGGAAGUUAUGGUAUUAAGGAACGGCGAAAAGUAGUGUUAACGUUAGCUCCCUGGUUAGCUGAAUAGCUAACCUAGCAGGCUGCUAAGCUUCUGUCGCCCUUCCAUUCCUGGAGCAGAGGAGGGGCGCUGGAGCUUUGUAGCAUUGCAGAUCUGGUUUGGAUUUUUUUGGAUUGCUGCAAGAAUGGAGAAUCCCAAAUAUUUGUCUCAACUCAGGGAGGUGUUUUGAACGGCUUCGACUUGGUCAUUUUAAAUAUAUAUAUAUAUUUCGUCUUAGCGCCAGAGGAGAGCAGAGAACUGUCUGCUAACGCUGCGAUUCCAACAAAAUCAGCCGGCCCGGGGCAGGCAGGGGCUGUUACUAGCUUACUUCUUUUCUUAUGCACCCUUUGAGUGGUUGGGGGGGAUAGGUAUUAAAAAAAUGGGGAAGUGCUGCACGUCUCACCCAGCUUCAAGAUACUGGCUCUCGAGAGGGAGGUCAUGAUUAGGCGUAUUUUAACGCUUAUUUAGCCCCGGCUUGGCCUCAACGCGCAAAAGUUUGAUUAUAUUUUGAGACGUGCAGUGGCGAGAACUUCUUUUCAAGCCCCCCCCCCCUCUGCGCUGACUUCCAGGCCGAGGAGUUGUUUGCUCGUCCAACCCCAUCCAUCACCAUUGCUACAAAAACCCAACAGUAAGGAAUAAAACAUGUCGGGAGAGGUGCGUUUGAAGAAGCUGGAGAAGCUGAUCCUGGACGGGCCGGCUCAGUCUAAUGGCCAGUGCCUGAGUGUGGAGACGCUGCUGGAUAUCCUGGUGUGCCUCUAUGAUGAGUGCAACAUCUCCCCCCUCAGAAGGGAGAAAAACGUCCUGGAGUUUUUGGAAUGGGCCAAACCCUUCACAUCCAAAGUGAAGCAGAUGCGCCUGCACAAGGAAGACUUUGAGAUCCUUAAAGUGAUUGGACGAGGAGCCUUUGGAGAGGUUGCAGUGGUAAAAGUGAAAAACACUGACAAAGUUUUUGCAAUGAAGAUUCUCAACAAGUGGGAGAUGCUGAAGCGAGCAGAGACGGCAUGUUUCCGGGAGGAGCGGGAUGUGUUGGUGAAUGGGGACUGCCAGUGGAUCACCACCCUGCACUACGCCUUCCAGGAUGACAAUAAUCUGUACCUGGUGAUGGACUACUAUGUCGGCGGUGACCUGCUGACUCUGCUCAGCAAGUUUGAGGACCGGCUGCCGGAGGAGAUGGCCAAGUUCUACCUGGCUGAGAUGGUGCUGGCCAUCGACUCAGUUCAUCAGCUACACUACGUCCACAGGGACAUCAAGCCCGACAACAUUCUGCUGGAUAUGAACGGCCACAUCCGCCUGGCUGACUUUGGCUCCUGCCUCAAACUCAUGGAGGAUGGGACGGUUCAGUCAUCUGUGGCUGUGGGAACCCCAGACUACAUCUCUCCAGAAAUCCUCCAGGCUAUGGAGGAUGGGAAAGGCAAAUAUGGACCAGAGUGUGACUGGUGGUCCCUGGGGGUCUGCAUGUAUGAAAUGCUGUACGGCGAGACUCCUUUCUAUGCAGAAUCCUUGGUGGAAACCUACGGGAAGAUCAUGAACCACAAGGAGAGAUUCCAGUUCCCACAGCAGAUCACAGAUGUUUCUGAGGAAGCGAAAGAUCUGAUUCGCCGACUUAUUUGCAGCCGAGAGCACCGAUUGGGCCAGAAUGGCAUCGAGGACUUUAAGCAGCACCCCUUCUUCGCAGGCAUCGAUUGGGAUAACAUUCGCAUGUGUGAAGCCCCCUACAUCCCAGAGGUCAGCAGUCCUACAGACACCUCCAACUUCGACGUGGACGACGACUGUCUCAAGAACUCUGAGACUAUGCCCCCUCCCUCUCACACUGCUUUCUCAGGCCACCACCUGCCCUUUGUAGGUUUCACCUACACAAGUAAAUGUACUCUGUCUGAUCGGGGUUGCCUGCGACAGCUGGGAGGUGAGCCGGGUAAGGCCGGGCAGGACAAGCUGGAUGUUGAAGUGCAGCGUAGCCUGGAGGACAGCCUGGCCACUGAGGCCUACGAGAGAAGGAUUCGCCGCCUGGAGCAGGAGAAGCUAGAGCUGAGCCGCAAACUGCAAGAGUCGACUCAGACGGUGCAGGCGCUGCAGCACACGGGCGAGGGCCCCCUCAGUGCUAACAAGGAGGUGGAGAUCAGGAGCCUGAAAAGUGAGAUCGACAUUCUCAAGAAGCAGAUCGCUGACUCAGGCCAACUGGAGAAGCAGCUGGAGGAUGUGACGCUGGCUCGGAGAGACUUGGAGGACUCGUCCAAACACAUCAAGACUCUUGAGAAACAGAUGAAGAGCAUCACACAGGAGAGGGAUGACCUACAAAAGGAUCUCAUGGACGCCAGCGAGAAGUUGAAGUCUCAGUCUAAAGAGCUGAAGGAAGCUCACAGCCAGAGAAAACUGGCCAUGCAGGAGUUUUCAGAGCUGAACGAGAAGCUCACAGACCUCAGGUCGGCGAAGCAGCGCCUGGUUCGUCAGCUGCGUGACAAAGAGGAGGAGAUGGAAAGCCAGAAUCAAAAGGUGGAGGCUCUCCGCCUCGAGGUGCGAAAGGCCGAGAGGGCCAAGAAGGAGAUGGAGGCUCAGGUAGAGGAGCAGGCGGCCGAGGCUCAGAAAGAGAAGAAGCUGCGAGAGCGCAACGAGCAAUACAGCCGACAGCUGGAGGAGGAGCUGGAGGGGCUGAAGGUGAAGCAGGCUGGCUCCUCUGCUGCCCCGGCCUCGGCAGAUCAAACCCAGGAGGUCGGUCGUUUACGUGGAGAAAUGGAGAAGAAAACGAUGUUCUUCGAUGAAGAGUUGGCCCGCAAGGAGGCACAGCACAGCGCCGAGCUGAAGGCGCUGCGUAAAGAGCUGAGAGACGCUGAGAGCCAACAGCUCAACCUGCAGAAAGAGAUCAUGAUGCUCAAAGACAAACUGGAAAAGACUCGUCGUGAAAGCCGAAGUGAGCGGGAAGAGUUUGAGACAGAGUACAAGCAGAAGUAUGAGCGAGAGCGAGUCCUGCUCACCGAAGAAAACAAGAAGCUGUCCAGUGAACUCGAUAAGCUAACCACCAUGUUUGAGAAGAUGAGCAGCUCCAACAGGCAGCUGGAGGAUGAGAUGAGGGAGCUGGCUGAUAAAAAGGAGAGUGUAGCUCACUGGGAGGCCCAGAUCACAGAAAUCAUCCAAUGGGUGAGUGAUGAGAAAGAUGCUCGGGGCUACCUGCAGGCUCUGGCCACUAAGAUGACAGAAGAGCUGGAGGGGCUGAGAAGCAGCAGCCUGGGAGCGAGAGCCACGGACAUGCCGUGGAAAAUGCGGCGUUUGGCCAAGCUGGACAUGUCUGCACGCUUGGAGCUGCAGUCGGCCCUGGACGCUGAGAUCAGGGCCAAGCAGAGCAUCCAGGACGAGCUGAACAAAGUAAAGGCCAACAACAUCUCCACAGAAUGUAAACUGCAGGAAGUUGAGAGUAAAAACCAGGAACUGCUAGCUGAGAUUGAGCGUCUGAAAAAGGAGACGGAGGAGCUGCGGCUACGGCGAGGUGUCAAGCACCAGGAUUCCCAGAAUUCCUUCUUGGCUUUUCUCAAUGCCCCCACCUCAGCUCUCGACCAGUUCGAUCACUCGCCAUCCGUCGGCCCAGCUAGCAAAGGCAGACGUGUGGACUCCGUGGAUAACUUCACCCCUUCUAACACUCCGUCUCGGGAAGAUGACCCCAAGUCCCACCUCAAGUCCCGCUCUCGUUCACCCUCCAUGGCUAGUGACGUGGAGCCAAUAGAGUUGAUCGAUCAUCCUCGCUCAGUUCAGACGCCCACCAUUCGCUCAGUAGGUUAUGGCAGUAUCGGGCGCUCCUCACCUAAGCCCAAAGCACAUCAGUUUGUAGUGAAGACAUUCAACACACCCACUAAGUGUAACCAGUGCACCUCUCUGAUGGUGGGGCUCAUCCGUCAAGGCUGUACGUGCGAAGUAUGCAACUUUUCCUGCCAUGUAACGUGUGCGGACAAAGCUCCAGCUGUGUGCCCCGUGCCGCAGGACCAGACCAAGGGCCCGCUGGGCAUCGACCCUCAGAGGGGGAUCGGUACUGCUUACGAAGGACACGUCAGGGUGCCCAAACCAACCGGGGUGAAAAAGGGUUGGCAGAGGGCGAUGGCUGUGGUCUGUGACUUUAAACUGUUCCUCUAUGAACUGGGAGAAGGAAAAGCAACACAGCCAAGUGUGGUAGUCAGUCAAGUCAUAGAUAUGAGGGAUGAAGAGUUUUCAGUCAGUUCAGUCCUGGCCUCUGAUGUCAUCCACGCCAGCCGCAAGGACAUUCCUUGUAUAUUCAGAGUGACGGCGUCCCAGCUGUCCCCCUCCAGCAGCCACAAGCCCUCCAUCCUGAUCCUGGCCGACAGCGACCAGGAGAGGAACAAGUGGGUGGGCCUCCUCAACGAGCUCCACCGCAUCCUAAAGAGGAACAAGCUCAAGGAGCGCUUCGUCUACGUCCCCAAGGAGGCUUACGACAGCACCCUGCCCCUCAUCAAGACGACACAGUCUGCUGCUAUCAUAGAUCACGAGCGCGUCGCCCUGGGCAACGAGGAAGGCCUUUUUGUCAUCCAUGUCACCAAAGAUGAAAUAAUCCGGGUGGGGGACAACAAAAAGGUGCACCACAUUGACCUGAUGCUCCAGGAGCAGCUGCUGGCGGUCAUCUCUGGCAGGAACCGCCACGUCCGCCUCUUCCCCACGCAGGCCCUGGACGGCCGCGAGACCGAGUUCUACAAGCUGGCAGAGACGAAAGGCUGCCAGACCAUCGUGUCGGGUCCGGUCCGCAACGGCUCCCUCACCUGCCUCUGCGUGGCCAUGAAGAAUAAAAUCAUAUGUUACGAGGUGAAUAAGAGUAAAAUGCGUCACCGUCGGCUGCGGGAGCUGCAGGCCCCGGGGCCGGUUCAGUGGAUGGGUCUGCUCAGUGAGCGUCUCUAUGUGGGCUAUCAGUCUGGCUUCACGCGCUACAGUGUCCAUGGGGACAUGUCCCCUGUCAGCCUGCUCCACGCUGAGGACCACACACUGGCCUUCAUCCCUCAGCAGGGCCUGGACACCCUCUGUGCCGUGGAGAUCUCCAGCAAGGAGCUGCUGCUGUGCUUCAGUGCCAUCGGGGUGUACGUGGACUCACAGGGCCGCAGGUCGCGGCAGCAGGAGCUCAUGUGGCCGGCUGUGCCCAACGCUGCCUGCUACAACGCCCCCUACCUGUCCGUGUACAGUGAGAAUGCCGUGGAUGUGUUUGAUGUCAACACCAUGGAGUGGAUUCAGACCAUCCCGGUCAAGAAGAUGCGACCUCUGAAUGUGGACGGCUCUCUGAACCUGCUGGGGCUGGAAACCGUGCGCCUUAUCUACUUUAGAAACAAGAUGGCCGAGGGCGACGAGCUGGUCGUCCCGGAGACGUCAGACAACAGCCGGAAGCAGAUGGUGCGCAGCAUGAACAACAAGAGACGCUACUCCUUCAGAGUGCCUGAAGAAGAGCGACUUCAGCAGAGGAGAGAGAUGCUGCGAGAUCCCGAGAUGAGAAACAAACUGAUCUCCAAUCCAACCAACUUCAACCACGUGGCUCACAUGGGACCAGGAGAUGGGAUCCAGAUCCUAAAAGAUCUGCCCAUGGAUACCCGAGCGGGCUUCAGCGGCUCCGUCAGCAUUCCCUCCAUCACCAAGAACCGGGCCGAGCCGGGCCGCUCCAUGAGCGCCAGCAGCGGACUGGGCAUACGCUCGUCCUCGCAGAAUGGCAGCGCUCUGCGCAGGGAGCUGUCAGGAGGAAGCUACGGGUCCAAACGCCAGACCAUGACCUCUCCUUCCGAGAGCUCCCUGUCCUCUGGCGGAGGGGUGGACUGCGGCGAUGCUCCGCUCUCACAGUUCGACAGAGAGGAUUCGGACUCCCCGCGCCACUCCACGGCCUCCAACAGCUCCACCUUCAGCAGCCCUCCCAGCCCGGCCUCCCCACACAAGACCAAGUCCCUGUCCUUGGAGAGCACAGAAAGGAUGGGCUGGGACACAUGAGCCCCCAGCGACCCAUCCAACCCCCCUCACCCACCCACCGACCGACCGACCGACCGACAGCACAGGACUCCAAAUUCUCCAACUCUUCCUGUUUUGAAUAUUGUUCCCUCACUGCCCAGAGAACUGCACCUGCUGCCCACCACUCCCUCCCAAAGAACAUUUGUCCCACUUUUACCCCCCCACACUGUGUCUCAGCGUUCUUCCACAGUGGGGCUGAAACACUAAGAAAGCAAGGGACAAGCUAUCAAAUACUAUCAGUGGUGUACAUGUGGGUGCUGAUGGGGUGUGUGUGUGUGUGUGUGUGAGAGAGAGAGAGGGAGAGAAGGUGUGUGUGUGAUGUCGGGCAGGUGAUGCAGGAACAGGAAGCUCCCAUUUUGGCUCUUUUUGGUCAACUUGUCGAGAUUCACUGAGAGACUCUUAAAAAGUCACGAUGCAAUCCAAAAAGAAGAUGAAAUAUUAUUGAGAGCAGAAGGUUUGUACAUAGGACCCGCCGGGAUUCAGGGGGACAGUGUUUUAAUUUAUUUAUCAAUCAUAGCCCCCCCCCCACCUGCUUUCUCUCUGGGUGCUGCAAAAAAAAUUAAAAAAAAGGAAUUACUUUUAUUUCUUGCUCCUGAUACUAAGUGCAGUGACUUUAUAAUAUUUUUAAUUUCCACCAUCAGCAAAAAGCUCCAACAGCGGCUCCUGUGACAUCACACGAAUCAUUUGGUUCCUCAGAGCGAAUGACAUCAUCAGGGCUGCGUGUCCUCCGUAGAUGCCAAAACUCCCGUCACAGUCAUGUACAUAGGUUCAGAGUAGAGAAUAAUAUAUGAGAAGGAAAAUACUAUAGAGAACUACACGGACGGAAAACUCCGCCUUUAUUUUCCCGCUUUUGUUUGGAGUGAUUCCAGGUUGUAUCGCACUCGAAGCCAUUUUAAAACCACUUUUUUGUUUUUACUGAUUUAUUUUAGAUUUGUUUGUUUUCAUGUUGUUUCUAUGAUGUGUGUGUGUGUGUGUGUGUUCAUCCCUCCCCUCCACUUGAUAUGAGUGAAAAAAGAAAAGCUGACAUGUGUAUCGGCACUGCUGCCUGUACUCUCUCUCACACUCACACACACACACACACACACACACACACACACACACAGGCGGUUGUUGCCUUGUUGUGCUCCUCUGACUGUUGGCGGCGUUUGAACGGUCGCUGAGCUCCGUUUCACCAAAUAUGGACAAAAGAGGGCGACGCUGCGACUUUGCUCAUUCCAACGAAUGUUUUAAUGACGUACUCGUGAAAAUUUGUAAGAGGAGGGAUUUAAAAGAAAGAAAAAAAAAAAAAAAAAAAAGCUACAAUGAGAAUGUAAACAGUGCGAGGAAGUCACACCUGGGCUUGGAGGCGAUGGAGUAAAUGACCUCAGUGCUGCCUGUUGUUGUGUGAGCUGAACAGGGCGGAGCUCUGAGCCGCCUCCACGGCACUACUUUACUUUCUUUCCUUUGUCAGAGAGGAAAGGCCUUUAAAAAAUAGAAGAGGGGGGAAAUGGUGUGGCAGCUUCUGGCUGCAGAGCAGGGCAUUCACAGCCAAAAACCUGUUACCUCUGUUCAUCUGUAAGCAGACUGAAAGGCAUUUUGACCCGAGGGACAUGGCGGCAUGGCAUUAUCUGUGCAAAGAACCCACAGAGAGGGUUUUAGCCUCGCUCCACACUUCCACUCGUCCUGUUUGUCACAAAGGGAAAACUCUUCAGUGGUCAUUCCCCCUGUGGAAACACAGCAAAAAGCUGCAAACAGCUCAUUCCAGGUGUUAUUAUUUUAUUUUAUUAUUUUUUAAUUUGAAGAGAGGUUUAGAGCUCCCAGCUGGUUUUAUUCCAAAUAUCUUAGAACUUUUUUUUUUUUUAAGCUAGUUGACUCUCCUUCGUUCCUGCGAAGAGUUUAUCUGCAGAACGAUAUGAGCUGGUGUGUGAGGUGUUAGCCAGGCGGCGUUUUUCAUUUUUGGCCAAUAUUGUGCAGAAAAUCUGAUCCUAGAUGUCCCAGUUCAAAGAGGGAGAAGAGGAAACUCAGGAAACAAAUUUUCAGUCAGAUGAGCGUAAUCGAGGUGCGUUUGAUUCAUUUGAUGGACGGGCAGCAGUGAGUGAGGGAAUGUGACCCGGGUGGAGACGGCAGUGAGUGUUGGGCGACAGGUGGCUUCACGGCUGAAGUGCCGCAAUUUAAAGAAAUGGAAACGCCUUUACAUUUCAGUGAGGUCUUAUCUCCAGUACCUUCUAUAUUGUUUUGCUCUUUCAUAUCAUAUUCCACUUUGUUUUCUAGGAUUGCUUUGUAAUAAUUUGUACAGUUUUGCAUGUUAUAGAUGUAAUCAUUUUUGUUUUCGGUUUGUCGUUUUAUUCUUUUUGGGACGGUUUGGGUGUUUUACUGAGGAUAACCCACUACAGCUGAUGUAGAUUCUUUUUUUGCACAAAAAUAUUUAAGGUGUAAGGUCAAAACAAAAAUAAUGUAUGGAAGCGGCUGCCACACUUACGUGGAGAACUCAUUAUAUUAACCCGACUCCGAUGUAUUUCAAUAAAGCGGAGGGCUGUUACAAAUACA